GCUUGGUCUGUGCAGAGUUUGGUGUUGAGGGUUACACUGAUCCUACUGAAUUGAUUGCCAACGUGUGUGGAACAGAAGGUUCAGGGAAAUCCACCUUCAUCGCAUCCUUCACAGCUGGUUUUUUCGAUAAACUACUGCGUAAGGAGGAUCAACCAGACAUGAAGGCAAGAGAUUUAGCGUCCCGGACAAAGGGAAUUGAAGAAACCAUGUACAAGCAAUCGAAGGUGAAGGUCCAUUUUCGCGACUUUGCUGGCCAAGACCAUUAUUCUGUGUCACACGACCUAUUUGCUGUUGCCAUGACAGCACCAUCUGUUGCCACGAUAGUGGUGGACGGCACAGAGUCGGUUGAGGAGAUCACAGAACGUGUUGGUGCAACUGCUGCUAGUUAUGUGUGUCGACAAUCCACAUCUGAUGAUGUAUCUGAACUGGAAGACCGACAGCAACAACCACUGCCACAGCAGCUGCAGUCGCAACCACUAUCACAACAGGCAGGCGAGCAGCAGAAGCAACACCAACCACAGCAGCAGCAGAAACUAGACGUUGUGGCUAUUGCUACACGUGCAGAUCUGCUUACUCCGUACCAACGCGAAGAAGUGGAAAGGGCCAUUGUGGAAGGGAUGAAAUCAUGCUCACAGCGUUUGGAGCUCUGCCUGGUGAGAGUAGUCGAUGCUAGAAAGUCCAACAGUUCCAGUAUGAACGAGCUGAGGAGAGCAUUCUUACACUUGGUGCACAAAGUACUGGCGAAGUCUCCAAAGCAACCUCGCUUGCUGCAGAAAGCUCGUGACUACUUGGAUGAGGUCAAGGCCUCUCUAAGCAAUCCAUACUGCACAAGAAAAGAGUUUGUUGCAGCAUUCCAGAAGGUCAUUUCCCAGAAGGCUGCUUCCGGUAGACAAGAAUCUGUUGGAGCGCGUGUUGCAGAGAACAUCAGUAGCUAUCUUCGGAUUCUGACAGCUUACGGAUAUAUCAUCACAUUCCCAGAGCUGGAUGAUCUGGUGGUUCAUCGGCCUCGCUGGCUCCUGCAAGAUGUCAUCGGAUUCAUUUACUCUUCGCACGUUUUCCCAUCCAAAUCUAAAGGCGCGGGUAGAGUAUUCAAGAUCAGCGAGGACGACUUCAUCCGUGCCCUGACUGCCUUUCCUGCAGUGGGUGAAAAAGCUCCACUCUGCGUGCACAUGGUCUUGCAGCUUGGCUUGACCAUUCGCCAUGAGAAAGAUCUCCUUGCACUCUCCCUGUUUCCUGAGUGCACACAGCCAUUGAAGAUGCACACAGCCUUCAUGGUUGGCUCUGUCCACACCUGCAAUGGUUGCGCACCGUUUUCCUCUGCACUCAUUGUGCAAUGCCAAGCACGUGUCUACGACUACUCCGCCUGCUUUUUCUCCAGCACUGAUCCCAUGUUCUUCAAGAACACCAUCAUUGUCCACCCGUAUCCGCACACAACAGCGCUGAUUGUGUUUUCGUCCGACCGUCAGCGCUGUUGUAUUGCAGUGACGUCCAGUUGCAGUAGGUACCUGCAAGUCGUUCACCACGUCCACUGGUUAUUUCAAGCUCUCUUCCUUGACCUACUUCAGAGAUACAGUCGUGGUACUUCGGUAGAGCCCACAGUUCUCAGCCUGAGCAGCAUGCGUCAGCUUAUCCAGCAAUCCGCUUCACCAGCUGCCAUCUGUUCAGCAGUUGCUUCCCACUCGUCCGAAGACGUCGUCCUUGCCGCGAGCAGUAUGCAAAGCAAAGAUGUCAAGGACGCCAGCGGUGUGUUCGUUGACUCGGUGCAGGAUCUUCAUCACGUUCCUGCCACGCACAUCACUAUGCUUCCUGCCACAUGUACUGAUCGCCUGGAGAGUCUGCGAGAUUCUUCAUUCUUGCGCGAUCUCCAGUCAAAUGUAGACGUGAGUGACACCGAAAUCAGCCGGCUCGGUGGCCUCCAAUCAGUGUCGUCCGCUGGACCCAGUCGGCUGAAUGCCUCGCUGGUGUUGUUGGCAUGGUGCCGACAAAGUCAUCGUCACACAUCGACUGUGCUCUACAGCAGGUUAGCUCAGCACUGCUUUUCUUCGCCAUUCGCGAACUUCUACCGAGAGAUCGGCAGGAUACUUGUCGAGAAUGAGAACAUGCUGCUGGAAGCAUUCCCGGACAUCAUCACCUAUGAAAAACUGCAGUUGAAGGAGCAAGAACGUUUUCGCUGUCAGGCCGACAAUGUUCCAUUGGCGGACGAGAGGUUCUCAACUGCACCCAAGACAUCAUUCCUGGGACAGAAUCCCUGCAUGGGAAUGCUACGAUCUCACCUCCAUGCAAUGCAUGUUACGGAUAAGCUGAUCGUGGACUCUGAUCACUACACUCUGGUCCAGGAAGCUGAGGUAGCAGCAGAAUUGCUCGCAUCAACAUUAGCACCAGCAGUACCAGCAGCAGCACCAGAAGCAGUACCAGCAGAAGCAGCACCAGCAGCAGCAGCAGAACCAGCACCAGUAGCAGCAGCACCAGCACCAGCAGCAGUUCCAGAAGCAGCACCAACAGCAGCAGCACCAGCAGCACCAGCACCAGCAGCAGCACCAGCAGCAGCACCAGCAGCACUACCACCACCAGCAGCACCAGCACCAGCAGCAGUUACAGAAGCAGCACCACCAGCAGCAGCACCAGCAGCAGCACCAGCACCAGCAGCAGUACCAGAAGCAGCAGCAGCACCAGCAGUACCAGCACCACCAGCACCAGCAGCAGCACCACCAGCACCAACAGCAGCACCAGAAGCAGCAGCACCAGCAGCACCAGCACCAGCAGCACCAGCAGCAGCACCACCAGCAGCACCACCACCAGCAGCAGCAGCAGCAUCAUCACCGACUGUAGCAGAGAGUAAAGCUGAUCCAUUUGAGGAUGAGUCAUUCAACACACAUAUCUUACCAAAGCUGUAUAAGAUAUCUUGUGAUGCACUGCGGCAAAGCGUUCAGGCACAAGGACUCCUGAGUGGUUUUGAUCCCCUUCCGGAACUAAACCGUAUUGAACGAUAUGAAGGUGUAGAGAGUCAUCACCUGAAGUUGAUUGGAUACAUCCGUGCUGGAGAGCGAGAUGCAUACAGAAAGCUGUGUGCAGCAGUGAGCAAGCUCAACUUGCAAGAUCUGCACAACACCAUGCUAAGGCUACUGUAGUAGGAAGUCUAGUCAUGAUGUGAACGUGCAAGACUGCUCUCUCCCAGCACUCCAUGUACAUCACCAGUCAUACUCACACAGCCGACAGAACUCGUUGCCCGUAUCCCGGUAUGCUUGUUUGUGUCGUUCUUCCCUGCCACUGCUCUGCCCUAUCCAACGUGUUCUUUUCUCUCAUCUACACAUGUAUCAUAAUUAUUGUAUUCUUGAGUUGCUCGCUCGCCAGUUGUGGAUUUGCUCCAUGUGUAUUCUUUUCAAGGUGACCGUCCUUUAGGAUAUUUUCUCAAACAGCAGCUCCACCACCUCUGCCCCCCCCCCCCCUCUCCCCAUCUUCCCUCCUCUCUCCCAAUCUCACACGCGAGCAUGUGCACACAUACAUAAUUUGUUCUAUUGUUUGCUGUGCUUGCCAAGACUGCUGGUAUGUUUCCAUCGACUGUGUUUUUUGCUAAUGCAUGUAUAUGUACAUGUAUACAUAAAUGUUCCUACUCUUGAAAAUUCUAUUUGGUUUGCUCUAGAGCAUCUUUCUUUUGUUCUUAUUUUUUGCAGCUACAUCUCUACAGAAAUGUCCCUAGUCUUUAAAAUUCAUUAUGGCUUGCUCUAAGGCACCUCUCUAUUUGCUGUGACAAUUGCACAAUAUUCUUUUCAUUUUUCACUUGACUUUCUUCACAUUUUUGCUUCCGCUGAGACUUGAGUUGACCCUGUA